UGGGCAACACUGGCUCAAUGGUAAAUAAAAAAAUUAAGGACGUAAAUAAACAAUGACUAAAACUUUAAUAAAAUGGAGGAUAAUAGCGAGAACAGCAAUAAAGAAGUAGAAAUAACUAUUAACAGGCCUGGGAGAGUGUUACAUUUUAGCGAUGGCGUUGAAGAAGAGGUGGAAGAAAACGUAGUGACUGACUUGCAAAGUAAUCCUCCCAAGGAAGAAAUUGACCCUAAACAAUUGGAUUGGGGGCCUUGGUUCUCUCACUACGCCCGAAAAUCCAGCACAAAACUACUUAAUGCUGUGGACUAUGCUGGAGAAUCACUGGCAGGGUUCUUUGGUAUCACUACUCCCAAGUACCAGAUAGAAAUAGAUGAAUAUGAAAGGAUACAAGAGGAAAGGAGGAAGCUCGAAGAAGAGUCUGCAGGCUGGGUACCGAAGAAUGGAGGUGGUGAUAUACCAUUAGUUAUAAAUGAACCAGUGAAAGAUUUAGAUAAACGCACAGAGCCCUAAUUUAUUAUUUGGAAUUCUACAUACCCUUUCUAUUAUUUACAUAAUUAAUUACCUUAUUUUCAAUAAAUGUACAGAUUACUGCAUAUUAUGUUUUUUUUGCCAUUUAUAUGGAUUAAUGGAGUUUCUUUUAAUAGUUAUGUAUUUAUUUUAAUGUAUUCUUUUGAUAAAAAAAUGGUGAAUAUAUGAAAAAUCAAUUAUUUAAAAGAAAAAGGAAUGGAAAGGGUGUAAAGAAAAUUUUACAUGAAUUUAAUUUUGAUUUUUAGUUCAGCUCACAUUAUUAUUGCUACAAAACUUACACUUUACUUUUGAUGUAGGCAGAUACUGUACUUAUAUAAUUUAUUAUUAAAAUAACAAAACUAAGCAACCAACUUUAAAAAAGGAGGAGGAUCUCAAUUUGGUUGUAUAUUUGUUUAGUUUGUUACUUCAGAACUCUACCAUUUAUAUAUUGAUUUGGCUUUGAUUUAAUUUGACUUUCAGAUUAUUCCCAUAGAAAUUUUAUCAAAUUGGUCUAGUUAACUGUGUUGCCAUGACUAAAAUAGGUGUUUUUUUUUUAGUAAUAUUUUAUGUAUUUUUAUUUUUUAGUUUAGUGUCAUUAUUUUAGUUUGCUAUUAUCAAAUUAAUUAUAUUUUAUUUUGAAUUUUAUAUCUUUUUAUUAGCAUCUCUUUUAUUAUUUAAUCAGUUUUUAAAUACACAUAUAAUCAUAGUUUGAGAGUUACAUCACCUUUGAAAGAACAAUCAAUAAUGCUCAUUUUAAUAAGUAUUCUUAAUAUAUACAUCAAUUACUAUUAAAUAGAUGUACAUUCAUCACAUACGGUAAUAAUAUUAAUCAACAAAGUUGACCAAGUUAUGACUAAGGCAUACUUAAUUCAAUACUAAUGUUAAAUAAGGAAGGUGAUAAACAAAAUAACAUUUACAAAACUAUUUGGUCAUUGUUUUGGUGCCGUUUUGGUGUUUAAGUUUUUUUUUUUGUAUUAAUUUAUUUCAUAUUUAUUAACCAGUUGGUUUCAAUGUAUUAAAAUUUUUAAUUAUAUUAAUUUAUUAUGUUAGUAAAUAAAAUAUAAAAUUAAGUAUUUGUAUCUACUUACACAGAUUUUGUAAUUACUAGAAUUUAGAAUUAAAUGAAGAUUAUAUAAUAUAUUUGAACAAGAAUGAUUUUUUUUUAAAUUAAAGUUUUGUACUUAUCA